UUUGACAGGCAGCUGAGAAAUCUCAAACAAAGAGCGGGUUUCAAAGCUCUGCGCUGACAAAGCAAAGCAGAUACAGGAACUCAAGGAAUUUCAGAUUCCAGAACUGUGAAGCUGUGACCUUGGUGCAACAUGUCGGACCAAGGUCGUUCAGACGAUGAGGGCAGCGAUGUUCCAGAUGACGUCGGGUUCCUGUUCCGAGCCAUGUUGGAACGUGACCCCCGUAAGCGUCGUGUGAAGCCCGUAGAGUCCCACCUGCUGCAGGUGGCCUUCGGGUCAGACGACAGUGACAACGACAGCGACUACCAACUGGACCCCGGCAGAGAUGCGGGCGGGAGUGGUUCUGAGAGCGCGGCUGACAGUGGUUCAGCGGACAGUGGGAGUUCUGAUGGCGGCGAGGACGAAGAAUCCGACAACAACAGCGCUGUGUCCAGCAGCUCUCGGUCACUGAACAUGGCCAAAAUGGUGGAGGCUGUCAGGCUUAGACAAGCACAGUCGAGUGAAGUGCAGCUGUCUGGCCACCUGAAGGUUCUGAUCUGCUCCAUAUGUCUGGGGAGUGUCAGUGAGGAAGAUGAUGAGAUUGUGGAAUGUGACAACUGUGGCAAUGCCGUCCAUGAAGGUUGCUAUGGUGAGCAUGUGAGUGACAGCGCAUCCACCUCCAGCUCCCAGAGUUCCUCUUCCACGGAGCCCUGGUUCUGUGAUGCCUGCAGGGCAGGGGUCAAACCGUCCUGUGAGCUGUGCCCUAAUAUGGAGGGGAUCUACAAGCAAACAGACGCUGGCAGAUGGGUGCAUGUGGUCUGUGCUCUGUACAUUCCUGGUGUGGCUUUCGGAGAUGUGGAAAAACUCAGUCCUGUUACCCUGGCCGAGAUGCCGUACUCCAAGUGGGGCGCAAAGGACUGCUGUCUAUGUGAAGACGAGAGAUUCAGCAGGACAGGCGUGUGUAUUGGCUGUGAUGCAGGCAUGUGCAGAAACUACUUCCAUGUUACAUGGACAUUGCAGAUCCGUUCUUCGCCCUCUGAUAUUGCAGACCCGUUCUUCGCCCACUGUAAACUGCAUGUGGACAGAGAUACCAUGAAACAGAAGAGACAACAUUGGAUGGCCAUGCAGUCCUCUAUCAGACAGGCACAACAGAGGAUACAGGCAGCUUGGGAGUCUAACAAGGAUCGUUUCAGCCGAAAGCUGCAGCACUCCCAGCAGAGGUACCAGCGCGCCAUGAGGAACCUCUUCCAUCCAUGGUCAUCUUCUGAGAAGCUGCCCCGCUUGCUGACCACCAGCCCAUCAGCGUAUCGCAGAUUACUGAGGAAGGCUGACCUCAUGGGGCUGUCCUCACAGGUUAUGGAACACAGCACCAGCUAUACAACAGUAGACGUGCGGAGGAGGUGGCACAUCCAGCCCGCCAUCUCACCCGAGUUUGCUCUCUACUAUCUAGGUAACACUCUGACUUUUCUCCUAGACUUGAGUUAUUGGUUGUUUCCUCACACAGACCGUAACACCCGCGUGGAGUCUCUGAAGCUGAAGCUGGCGGGACUUCUGUCGGAACACGACAAACUCAUGGAGACGGAGACAUCGCUUAGGGAGAAGUACGACAAGCUGUCAGGAGAAGUAGAGACUCUCCAGUCCUCCACCAGCGAGCUACAGACACAGGGGGUCUCCUUAUGGACACGUCUUGGGGAGAUCACCGGCAAGAAACUGGUCCUUCCCAACGUCUUAAAGCCUCCCAAGUCUCCUCGGAAGGAGCCAAGAAGGGACAGCCUAAAGUCUCAGCCAGUCAUCCACCAGUGUGGCAUCUGUAAGCAGACAAGUGAUCAGCACCUGCUGGCCAAGUGUGACACCUGCCGCCUGUUUUACCACCUGGGCUGCCUGGACCCUCCACUGACCAGGAUGCCCAAGAAAACUGCAACCAUCGGAUGGCAAUGUUCGGAGUGCGCCAGCAGUUCCGAAAGUGACGCAUCGUCCGCAGCCACACCCGAGGCAGGGAAUGAUGGGACACGGCGUACAAGGCGCCAGAUCAAGGAACCAAUCAAAUUCACCCCUCAGCCAAUCAAAAAGGGCCUGAAAAUGAAGGGCCACCGAACCAAGUCCUCUAAGAAAAAGUUGAAGACAUCUGAAGUCAGGGAGAAGGAAGGGGAGCCAAAGGAGCCAGAGAAGCGUCGCGAGCGUCGUGUGCGAGACACGGACGUGAGGACAGAAUGCUGCGUGUGCUGGCAGACUGGGGAUAACGCCUGCCUUGUAAGGUGUGAUGACUGCCAGCUGUGUUUCCACUUCGCCUGUCUGGACCCGCCGCUCACACGAUCCCCAAAGUGCUUCGGCUACGGAUGGGUCUGUCAGAACUGUGACGUGUCGGAGGAAGACGACCCCAUGCCAACUCCUCCCAAGAAAGCCAAGGUGCAUCUUACUGAGAAGACAGAGGACAAGGAGGAUGAGAAGAUGUCUUAGGAGAAGGUUGCUUACAGAUACUUUAGUU